UCCUCUGUUUUUGCUCCAUGACGAUGUGCAAAUAAGAAUUGAGGGCACCCGUGUCCUAAUUCACUCACUUGUUUCCAUUCAUUCAGUCAGUCAAGUGGACUAUAUUAUAGCAAUCUAGGGAGUGAAUGUGUUUGGUGCUAUUUCGUACACAACCUAGCCGAAGAGCUUCUUCAGUGACAGAGAAAACGAUAAAAAUGCUUUAUAAUCGGCUUUACUUUAUGGAUUUAGUUUUGAGGAUCAUUCACCAGACGACAAAACUGUAGGAAAACUACAUUGUGAUGCGGUGCUACGCAACAAGACACAAAACGAAAGCGAAAGUAUAAUGUUGAGGUAAAUAAUGUUGAGGACGAGUUUCAUUUUUAAACGUGUUCAGUUGUCAUGUCGUUUGUAUAUUAAAAUUGUAGACGACCUAUUAAAAUAUUUUACGUUGUAUUUUACAUUGUAAGUAUAUUUAUCCAAGUCCAAUACUUUACGCGUGGAUCGAGAACAGUGUGGAUAUGGACACACAAGACUCAGAAGAGGACUCGGGGAAGAUGGAACGUGAACAUACACUUUCAACCACACUGCUGACAGAGGAUCAUUACAGAUGUUCAGUGUGUACAGAGGUCUUCAAGAAUCCAGUUUCUAUUCCCUGUGGACACAGUUACUGCAAACACUGCAUUGAGAUCUACUGGAGCAAACCAACUCAAGCUGAAUGUUACGCUUGUCCUCAGUGCAGAAAGAGGUUCAGAGAUCGGCCUGUGUUAAAUGUGAACGUUGCUUUAGUUAAACUGAUAGAAGAGCGGCAGCGGGCUGGGUUUAGUCCUGCUCUUCCUGAUCACUGCUAUGCUAGACCUAAAGAUGUGCUCUGCAGUAUGUCAUGUGACAUUAAGACCACCAGAAUAUCCAGAGCAGUAAAAAUAAUUCAAGAUGAAAUAUUGACAGCAACAGUGACUAAACAAAAAUCGACCUUGAAAGAAAGGGACGUACAGGGAAAACGUGUAUGUAAAGGGUUCGAAGUUCAAUUUAAAGCCAGGCCAGGACGACCCUCUGUUACUAAACUGAACAGAAACACUAUCAGACUGACCUGGUUAAAAGCUGAAGCAGAUGAAGAUUGUCCAGUUCUGCAGUAUAUGGUUGAGUAUAGAGAAGCAGGACUGGAGGGCUGGUCAUCAGUAUUAACACAAGGAUCUGAGUGUGAAUGUACUUUAACUGUACCUCACAGCACCUGCUAUAGAGUCAGAGUAUCUGCUGCCUAUGGAGAACAAGACCUCAGCAAACCUAGUGAGGAAACAUCUGUACCUGUGGAUGGUGAGAUAGACGUGAAAUUAUGAAAUUGAUAGUAACAU